GUCUUUGACAUUUGCAAAUGAGGACAUUUCAAGUUGGAUCUUCCUGAGGAGCCAUCAUUGUUUUGGGGUUUUAUCAAGAGGGGAUAUAUUUUGAUUGUUACAAACUUUUGGAAAAGGCCAAUGGGUGCCAAGGUUACCAUCUGCUGCUGUCAGUAUCUGAAACACAACAGGGAAGAGAAGAAUGCUAUUUUACGUAUGCGCACCACUACAGCUUCCAAACAACCAGUGCAGUUAUCCAGUGAGUCCAGUGACAGUGACAUAGAAGAGGAGAGCCUUUUUGGGCCACAGCCUUCGAGAAGGAGGCCACGGAACAACCAGCCAAGCCAGAGGAGCACAGUGGAUCUGUGGGCCAACACAGGCAGACCCUGUGAGUCUCCCAUCAGGAGAGGAUCGGACAGAGAGUUACAGGCUUUUAUCAGCAUGAGAGACCAGACUGACAAGGCUACAGAGGAAUGGGAGAAGCUGAAUUACGACAUACACACUUUACGCUACGCCAGACGAGAAGUCAGAUCUCGAUGGAGGAAAAUCCUGCUGCAGCUAGGUUAUCAGUGUGAGGUGGACGCCUUGCUGUGUGUGAACAGACAGAGCUGGUUGAGUCGAGAUGAGGAGCAUCUUAACAAAGCCACUGACCUGUUGAAAGAGCUGCUGGACCACACCUCUCUGUUUCCUCCAGAAACUGAGCAGACCAAAUACCUUUGUGUCAUGGACCGGCUGGUGUCACUGGACAGUGCUGAGGACUUUGUCAGACUGGCCAAAGAAAAAUAUCCCAAGAAAGAAGGCUGAGAGACAGUGACAGAAAAAUAAGACAGAAAAAUUGGGAAAGAGGAAAAAGAAAAAUGUUUAAAAUGUUAAAACACUGUACAAGUAAACUUGUAAAUACAAUUUAAUCACAGUUUAACAUUCAUUUGAUUGUAGAUUAAAAUGAAAUUCUAAUGGCAGUUCCACUGUGUAUUGGUAAGUUGCACAGAUAAUGCUGUAUGCAAGCACUGUUAUUAUUUAUUCAUUUUCUUUUAAAAGUAGAAGUUUCACUCUUCUCAUGUUUCUGUUGCACUGAUACUAUGUUGCUCAGCUAAGGAGGAUUGCCCUGCUAAUAAGCAAUGUCACAGGUGAAGAUACUUCUGGUUAAAACAUGUUUUGUUUUUUGUGCUUGUUUUAAUUUAAUUUAAAGUAUUGUAGGUAUAUGCACAUCCAAUUAAAAAAAAGUUACAAAAAAAUGAAUUAAAUGAGAAAAUGAGAAAUACCUCUGCAGAUACAAAGAUGUAUUAACGUCUAUA